AUGGCAUGUCUUGAUCAGAUCUGUUCUGAGUUCGCACGAUUCUUUCGAUUUAGCGACAAAAUGCAAUGCUUGCUUUGCAAUCCUUGUUCGGCCACCCUUUACCUUCAUUUAAAUCCUUUUCGUCUACUUCAGGAACUAGAAUACAUUAAGUGUUUUCAGAAAAGUGAUGAAUAUUCUCUUUUAGAUUUGCCAUGGUCUAACGCAAAAAUUAUAAUACAACAGAGAUCGCUGACGCCAACUAUAAAGCAAGCCAACCCUAAACACCAAAUUUGUCAACGAACAGUUGUCAGCGAAGUGGUAGUCGGCGAAGUUAAUGUCGAAGAAAUGGAUUCGGGGAAGUGGGCUGCCGAGGAGACGGCUUUGAAAUGGUUGUCGGCGAAAUUAGUGUCGGCAAAAUUGUGA